CACAGUGUAACAGCCAAGCUUGUGUAUUCCCUGAAGCUCUGGCCCAGCAAAGUCCAGCCUAACCAUGGGUUUCGAUUACUAUCUUGUAUUGGACAUCAACAGGAAUGCCCAGGAUGCAGAGAUAAAGAAGGCGUACCGGAAAUUAGCUCUGAAGAACCACUGGUUAAAUGCCCGAGAUUCAAAAUCAGCAGAGCGUUUUAAGCAGAUAGCAGAAGCCUAUGAUGUGCUGAGUGACCCUGUAAAGAGAGCCAUCUAUGACAAAUUUGGAGAGGAAGGCCUGAAGGGUGGAAUUCCACCUGAAUUUAGUUCCCAGGUGACAUGGACAAAAGGUUAUGUCUUCCACGGGGAUGCCAACAGAGUCUUCCACGAAUUCUUCGGGGGAGACAACCCCUACAGUGAGUUCUUUGAUCCUGAUGGCAUGGAUGUGAACUUGAACUUUGGGGGCCUUCGGGGCCGUGGGAUCAAGAAGCAGGACCCUCCCAUCGAGCGAGAUCUCUACCUGUCCUUGGAGGACUUGUUCUUUGGCUGCACCAAGAAGAUCAAGAUCUCCCGAAGGGUAAUGAAUGAAGACAGAUUCACAUCCACCAUCAAAGACAAGAUCCUGACGAUUGACGUCCAGCCAGGCUGGAGGCAGGGAACCCGGAUCACUUUUGAGAAGGAAGGAGACCAGGGCCCCAACAUCAUUCCAGCGGACAUCAUCUUCAUCGUAAAGGAGAAACUGCACCCCCGAUUCCGGAGGGAGGAUGACAACCUCUUCUUUGUAAGCUCCAUCCCCUUGGGCAAGGCUCUGACCUGCUGCGCAGUAGAGGUGAAGACCCUUGAUGAUCGUCUACUCAACAUCCCCAUCAAUGACAUAAUACAUCCCAAGUACUUCAAGAAGGUGCCUGGUGAGGGGAUGCCAUUGGCCUCGGACCCCACCAAGAAGGGGGAUCUCUUCAUCCUCUUUGACAUCCAGUUCCCCACUCAUCUCACACCAACCAAGAAGCAGCUGUUGAAGCAGGCACUGCUGACAUGAUAUGCAUGCCCUACCCCCUUCCCUGAAGGCCGGACUGACUAUAUACAGGGAGAAAAGGGGCCUGGGGAUCUCCAUGUUAGAAUAUGGGGGAUGGACUGACACCUUUACAUUGAGGUAGAAAUGGGAGUGUGGGCCCUGAGCAGUCACCUCUGCAGGGUUAUGAAGAAUGGUGGUGGGGGGUCUUGGGUAGGAGGGAGGUGUGUUUUCAGGUAAUAGAUUUCUACUUGGAAAUGAAGCAUUCUUCUUUGUUACAGAACCAUUUGUAUCCAGGCGUGGCCACAAGACCACAGGGCCCACAGAUCCAGUAAGAUCUAGGAUAUCAGCAUAAGAGCCUUUUCGAUAACUACUAUUUGAGUAAGAGAAGGGCAAUUAAUUACAUGGUAACAAUGAUGCCGACUAUC